AUGUCGGGGAGUGCUCGGCGCACGGAGCUUUGCAGCGGGCGUUCCGUGCGGCGAGCCCCGCGGCGACUCCGACGCCACUGCGCUCGGCCUCGACGAGGCUGGAGAUGGGCAGUGCUCCAGGCACUUCGCAUCUCCGAGCGCUUUUUGAGCGGAAGGUCGCAGCCUCCGCGGAUCGGUGCCAUGAGCGAACCGUCAGCGCCCCAUGGCGAAGAUCCUGUGCCUCGCAGCAUGUCUCGCAGUAUCAGCAGUAGAGGCAGCAGGGGUUCGAGGUCAGCUGCCUCAAUCUCGCUGACUCCAGAGGAGCAGCAGUUGGCCGACGACUUGCAGGUGGCGAAUGCGACGCUCGAACGCGAAGGCGAACGUUCGAGCACCAGCAGCAGCAACGAGACCUCCGAGGCCCGGGAUAAGCUGAAGGAACGCGAACAUCGUGAGUCCGAGAUGAGCGAAUCACGGAUGGAGUACAUGCGGAAGCAGGGCGAGCUCCCUGAUGUCAAGUCCGCAGGAUCUGGGAAGAAGUGCCAGGGCAGUGGUGGUGCAUCCGGGCAAAUGAGUCAUUCUCAUCCGUCCAGUGGCACUGGCAGCCCCUCGGACAUCUGCGACUCUCGCGGAUCCGGGGCUCGUGUCUGUUCUUCCUCGAGAUUACGAGAGAUCGCGCCUGUGGAAGGCACAAUAGGAUCAUACUGGACAACUGACUUGCCCUCAUCCGGAUCCUCAUCCUCAUGA